UCUUAAAUUAAACAAUAUGGCGACGUAUAAAUGUUCUUCUUUAAUCAAUGUGAAAGAAUUCAAAGAAAAUGUUUUGUCGACUGUUUGUUUGGACGAAAUUCAGAAUACGCGUGACAAAAAGCGCAUGUUGAAAGAAUUAGAUUUAGGUCAGGAAACGCUUACAGAACUUUCCGAAGUUUGUAGUCCCAUAAAUCUCAAGAGAUCCCCUAAAGGGUCCCCGACAUUGGAUGUCGAGCACAAAAGAAAAGAGGAACUUUCUUCUGCAACUGAACUGGCAUCACUUAGAUUGUUGCCGUACAAUGAUAAAAUGACUUCGUAUAAAAUGUUUCUACCGAAGAACUAUCUUGUAUAUUCUGAAGAAUUGAAAAAUGUUAAACCUGGCGGCAACGACUUAUCUUGUCAGCCUGAAGUUGUACUCUCGGUUGCAUUGUUCCAUCCGGUUUCGUGUCGUAAGGUUCAGGAAUUCCUUGUGUUAGGAAGACAAAAACUGACUGAAUUACGCGAUAAAAUAUACUGUCCUGCCGACACCAUUGUUGUUGGUGAACAUAGCGAAAAUCCUGAAUUCGCAGCUGCUGCUUCAAACAAGGAUGUUUGUCCGUCAGCGUUCAUUUUUAUAGAGGGAGUGUUCUACAAUGACAUGAGAAAAGACUUAUGUCGCGACUAUAGCACACUAAUCAUGGAUUGGAUUAAGAGCCAUAAAAACGAAGAAGCUCGAUACGGAGUGUGUACCUCUAAAAAAAUGGAAGAGUCCUCUUUUGAGGAUUUAUCCAUCAAACUUGGCUAUCCAUAUGUGUACAUGCAUCAAGGGAAUUGUGAGCAUUUGCUUAUCUUUCGUGACCUAAGGAUGCUGCAUGCUGACGAUCCGCAGAGUACUUCUUUCUAUCCAUUUCAAAUCUUCAGACCUCGUCCAAUGAGGCGCACGUGCAUGGUGUGCGCUGUGAAUUGCGCAAGGUGGCUUACUCGUUAUGAUUUAUUGAUGAGUGAAGAUCCAAGUUUAUUCUGUGAAAAAUGCUUUAAGGCAUUGCAUUAUAAGGGUAACGAUAAAGCCUACCCGUUCAGCGCCUACCAAUACUGCGGUGUCUACUAUUGGUGAGAUCCGUUUAGCGAGAGUCGCAUGGUGAUGUCGAUAUGGGAGAGGAUCUGGUAAAAUUUUCUUCAUGGCGUAUACGUAUAUGCUUUCCAGUUGGAAAGCAUAUAUGUACUAAAUGUUGAAGCCAUCUAAUUGAAGGUUUCUAAGCGGUGUUGGAUGAAGAGCGUUGUUCAGCGAUUACUUCAAAAUGAUGCUGGUGUUACAAUGCUUGAGAAUGUAUGAUAACACAAGGAGGUUUUUUUCUUAGUUGCCACUCUUGUGCAUUUUCCACACAUUUGGAAGCAAUUUUGGGCAUUGAUAACAUCUUUCAAACUCUACGACGAUUUUUGCCUUUGAGGCUAUUGAUGUGGGCGUUUUACUUUUUAAAGUAACUUGCCCCCGCUUGCCUCUUUUCUAACGUUGAUCGCAUCGAACUUUUUGUGCUUUCCUUCGUGUUGUUCAUGUUUAAUGAACCCUAAUAAUAGACAGACUAUUUGGGGCUCGUAAUCACGUAGCAUGGCUUUGCGUGAUGCAAUACUUAAUGAAAUUUUUGCAACAUCUUUAUAUGAGCAAAAUAAAAAAUAAGAUAGAUA